AUGGUCGCCUCUAUUCACCCUCUGAUCGAUAACGGCCUCGUGAAGGGCGACCCCAACUUCGCGGGCGGCACCCUCUACUGCCACUGCCCAUCCGAUCAAGUCGUGAUCGCCUUGACCAGCAACAUCGCCCAUAACCACGCAUGCGGAUGCAGCAAGUGCUGGAAGCCCCGAGGGGCCCUGUUUUCCAUCGUCGGUGUCAUCCCUCGCAACAACGUCAGCGUGCAGGCCAACGAAUCGAAACUGAUCAUCAUUGAUCCCUCUGCUGUCAUCCAGCGCCAUGCCUGCCGUGAUUGCGGUGUCCACUUGUUCGGCCGUAUCGAGCAGCCACAUGCCUUCCACGGGCUGGACUUCGUCCACGCGGAGUUGUCCGACCAGAAGGGCUGGCAGGAGCCCCAAUUCGCCGGCUUCGUCUCCUCGAUCAUCGAGCAGGGAUUUGACCCGAAGGGAAUGGAUGGCGUCCGGGCCAAAUUCAAGUCUGUCGGAUUGGACACCUACGACGCGCUGUCGCCGCCGCUGAUGGACCUGCUCGCGACCUUUGCGGCACAGAAGGCCGGCGUGAAGUUCGCCAACCUGUAA